AGCAACAAUUUAUAUUCGAUUUAUAUAUCAAAAUUGUUUCAUUAAAGUAUAUCAUAACUAUGUAAUUUAAUACCCCUGCUCCGCUUAUAAUACCAUUUACCCCUAACACCUGAUACAAUGGCUGAUUUGGAGGAAGAAGAAGCCCCUAUAGACGUUGAUGAUGAACAAAAUGAAGGACAAGAAGCCGCUAAAGAUCUUGAGGGAGAGGGCGAAGACGACGAACAGGACGUUGAAGUAGAAGAUGAGUUAGAGGUGGAGGAGAAGGAUCUCUUUGAGAUCCUUAAUGAGAGCGAUGAGGACGAUGAAGAGCAGCAGGCAAUGUACAAGGAAUAUCUGGACGUGGUCAAAGCUAUUGAUGUCCAGAACACGAUUAUAAAAGAGCUUAAGGCAAAAUCCACUCGAUUGAUGUGCAAGAAAUGCAAGACUUAUGGAGACAAGCAGGAAUACAAACGACUUAGGGUCUGUCAGGAGCAGGAGGAGAUUCAUUUGAAGGUCCUGGUCAAUAGAGCCAUGUACCUCCAAAACUUCGGUUCACCUAGGCGCUACAGAGAUGUAGAAAUGGAAGUCACAGAGGACGAGCAGACCUAUUUCUUCACAGAAUUGCAGUCGACCUUCUCAGGCUCUUGUCACACAUAUUCGGUUGACGAAUAUGAGUCAGAUUCUGAAUCCGAUGAUGCACUAUGCUGUACCUAGCCCAAAUUAAUGGCAAUUAAUUAAUUACAGCUCAUGAUAUCUUCGGCGGCCAUAUCAUUGAUAGCGGUAGCUUGUAAAUUACAUUCAGAGCAGAUAUACCAUACUUUCGUAAUUUUUUUUUCGU